UUUUUUUUUUUACUUUCUUUCUUUCCUUCCUCAACUCCCCACUCUUUUUAUAUUCUCUCUAUCUUUUGACAGAGAAUGAACUUUUUAAAAGUCGCCAAACCAUUAUCCGCUGCAGCUACUCGUCACACCUUUGUCCCUGCUUCGCGCUUGUUGACUGCUCCUGUAGGUAGUCAGUUGGCUCGAUUCAGUACAUCUUCGGUAACAAAACAUGCUUCACCUCAAGACAAAAGUUACCAAUAUCCCGGUAAAGCACCUGGUGUUCUUGAUGUUGCUGCUCGCCAACUUCUUCUCACUGAAUUAAUGCGUGGUAUGUGGGUUGUAUUAGAACAGUUUUUCCGUCCUCCAUACACUAUUUUCUAUCCUUUCGAAAAGGGUGCUCUUUCUCCUCGUUUCCGUGGUGAACAUGCUCUUCGUCGUUAUCCAACUGGUGAAGAACGUUGUAUCGCUUGUAAGUUGUGUGAAGCCAUUUGUCCUGCACAAGCUAUUACUAUUGAAGCUGAACCUCGUGAUGAUGGAUCUCGUCGUACUACUCGCUAUGAUAUUGAUAUGACCAAGUGCAUUUACUGUGGUUUUUGUCAAGAAGCUUGUCCUGUUGAUGCUAUUGUCGAAGGUCCCAAUUAUGAAUAUAUCACUGAAACUCACGAAGAAUUACUUUACAAUAAGGAAAAACUUUUGGCUAAUGGUGACAAAUGGGAAGUUGAAAUCGCCAGAAACUUGCAAGCUGAAACUCCUUAUCGCUAAACUAUUGGCUUAAUCUCGGGUUUCUUGGACACGCUUUUUUUUUUUUUUUUUGGCCCUUCCUCCCUUUUACUCUUCCUUCCUUCAUCCUAUCAUCAAAUCAACCGAAACAAUUUUUAUUUUAUUAUCCCCAUUCUUAGUUAGAAAAGAA